UUCGACUGAAAAUACGGAAGUCACGAUGUGACCGGUCUUCUAAGAAGCCAGUUUCUGUGUGAACGUGAGUGGACAUGCUUUCUCUAUUACACAUGCAGGUCAGGGAGGAAAGCACGACAGACUUAGAGGCAAAAUGAAAAGUGAAAGUGAAGAUGUGGCGCGGGAAGAAGAAGACCACGUGGUCUCCCCCUCCGACCGAAACAGCCGAGUCAUGAUGAGCAGCCUCCUGGUCUGGCUGAGCGAACUGUGCGAGCGCGUGACGUAUUAUGGGAUAGUUGCCAACAUGGCGGACUACGUGACGUCACCAUGUUUCCCCGAACGAUACCAUUUGCCAUGGGUGGUCACGUGGGUUUUCACGGGUUGCGCCUACACACUGACAUUUUUCGGGGGUUGGCUCGCCGAUACUGUCGGCAACCGCUUCUGGACAAUCCUGGUCAGCAUGUGGAUCUAUCUCGUCGGGACAGCCCUACUCGUCGCUUCCUCCAGUUUGUGUGGCUCACAUCCGGACGGACGCGUCUCCGGGCUUUACUUUGCCGGCCUGACUCUCGUUGCCAUAGGAACGGGAGGCAGCAAAUCCAACCUCGGUCUGUUCGGCGCACAGCAGUACAAAGGUUUAGGAGAGGACGCGAAAGUCCAGCUGCAACAUUUCUUCCACUGGUACUACUGGUGUAUUAACCUGGGCGCUACCAUUGGCGUGGUAGGGGUGCCGACUCUACAAAAGCACGUCAGUGUGCUGAGUGGGUACGUGGUGACCUGUGUCUGCGUCGUGCUUUCUGCUCUUGUCUUCGUCUUAGGCCGCAUUGGAAGCUUCUACAGUCAAGAAAACAGCACACAUGAGAUCCGGAGCAGAAUCGUUGCUGGCCUACUUGAUCCGAGCAGAAAAACGCGACGUAGAGAGCUGCAAGGAAGACUGUGGAGUUCGACCAUCCCGAAGGAGGUGUGGAAACUGAUGCAAAUAUUCGCAACUCUGAUCCCAUACUACGCCAUCUACUCACAGACAAGAACAACCUACCUGUUCCAAAGCGAACGUCUGCGCAUGCCUGCGGGGUCAGAGGCCACGUACUUCAGCGCCAUUAACAACCUGACUAUCCUCCUGAUGAUCCCACUCAUGGUCCGGUUUGUGUAUCCCCGCCUGACGAACAAGGAAGUACAAUUUACACCGCUGACUGUCAUGGGUGUCGGAAUCCUGCUGUCUACGCUGUCGGUGCUAUCCGCAGAGGUGGUGGAAGUUGGCCGCCGACAGCUUGUCCACAGCGGCCACUUCUUUCAGCAGGCGGUAGGGAACCGCACUCUUCGCGCUGCAGAGCUGAGUGUGGCGGUACAGAUCCCACAGUUAGUCCUGUCAGGCGUCAGUGAAGUGUUCACCCUCGCCGUCGGUUACUACUUUGCCUACACGGAAGCUCCGCCUGGUUACGAGGGGACCAUCAUGGGGGCCUUUCUACUAAUGUGGGGACUCGGCAGCGGUCUCAGCGUACUUCUAACCGAGAUAGUCAACGCCAUAUGUUAUGGCGUGUCUGGUGCCGCCUGCUUCCCACUAGAGUUAAAUGACGGCCAUGUAGAGUAUUUCUUCCUGACCCUUGCCGUCCUCCUGAUGGCGACAUUCGGCGUCUUUUGGUACCUGGAGCGCCAUUACGUGUACAGCCCCUCCUCAUCCACCAAAUAUCACGCACAACCAUCCACAUUGUCUCGGGUUAUGCCGUACACACGCGCGCUGCUGACUGUAUCAAACCAAGGAGCUUUUCCUUGGUCAAACGGGCAAUAAGUUAAUAAACCACAUGUUCA